AAAAGUUAGUACAAUUGAGUAUAGAAAAAGCUACUCUAUUGAAUUUUUGUUUAAAAAAAAGAAAUACUUUUGAUUAGACCCCUCAAUUUUACUGUUUGGCCUUAUUUGUUCUGUCCAAGCAAAUCUUUCACUCAGUGCAAAUCUUCGAAUUUUACUAUUUCAGAAACACAAAUAAACCAAAUAUACGCACUAACAGAGAAAUCUCAAUCAGAAGGAAUUUUUCAUUUUUUAUUUUAUAGAAAUAAUUGGACUGUCACACACACGUUCUACUGUAAAUGAAUGUACAAAGUAGUAGACAGUAUAACAACAGUACAAAAACAAAAUGCAGAUGAAAAAUAAUAAUAUAUUAUUGUAUUGUGUUUGAAAGGGAGGGUAAAAAAAAAAAAGUCAGUAAAGAAGCAGCUUUUAAUUCUUGUCUUUUUACUCUUGUAGUGUAUAUAUAUUUCUGUAAUCUGUUCUUCUUUCUCCCUCUCUUCCUCUGCUAUUCUUUAUGUUGUAGGAGUUAUGGUGGGGUACAUGCAUUUUCAUUUUCUGAGCUGGUAGCUGGGGACGAAUUUAAUUCCCCCUUUCUUCAUUUGGGUCCCUUUUCUUUUCUCCUCUCUUUCUUCAAUUCACUGAUUCAGUUUCUUUAUACAUAAAUCUUUUUUACCUCCCAUUUUUCCUGCCGGAUAAAACGGUGCUUUCUUUCUGUUUCUGUGAUUUUGCCUGAACUGAGUAAACCAGGCUUGUUUGCGUGUGCUUCUUCUGGAAACUGGUAUGUCUACACACCCUUUUUUAGCAUAUAAUUUUUUGGGUUUGGUUCUGAUUGUCUCGAAUUACCUUUUGGAUGAGUGUUUUUUUUUUUUUUGUUAACUGAUUCACAAUUUCCCCCUUUUUUGCUUCAUUUCAUGCUGUUUGUGUGGGAAAGGGCCAAAAUCUCUGUAAGCUGUAUUACUCAAAACGGUAAAAUAAACAAAAGGGAAUUUGGUGAACAUGGUUAAAGAACAUUGAUUUGUUGCCCUUUGGAUUUUGUUGGACUUGAAUUGUUGAUUAAUUAAUGAUUUGUUUGUCACAAUCAUAUCUAUUGUAGUAUGUUUCUAUCUUGGAAUUUUCCUUUCUUGCUUUCUUUUCACUUGCAUGUUUGAAAUUUUAGGCUUUCUUUCAAUAAAGAUAGCUGCUUUGGGUCAGGAAACAUGUUAAGUUUGUUGCUCACAACUUUUCUGGUACCAAUUGAUUUGUGGAGAAUAAAAUUCUUCUUUCUGAGGCAAAACUUCGGUUUCUGACGAGAUUCUGCCUAUUGUUUCUGGUUCUGAUUGAAAUGAUAUUUUAAUUGAGCCUUGUAUUUACACUGGCCAGCUUGCAUGUCUCAUUUUACUCUGAAAUUGUACACCCACCUUCAAUUGGAAAAUAAAAAAAGAAGGAUUUUCCCAUAGUUUUUUAACCUGCAUUUUUUGUAAUUGCAUUUUAGUCUAAAAUGUUAGUAUUCAGAUUGGCAUCUGUGCAUUGUAUUCAUAGGUUCAUGUGUGAAGGAAAGGAGAUGGAGGGGGCUGAUUCUCGACCAUGGGAUGAUCUACUACCUGAUGCACUUGGGCUAAUCUUCAAAAAUCUGUCCCUGCGGGAGAAGCUUACUGUGAUCCCUGUUGUAUGCAAGUCAUGGAGCAAAGUAGUUACGGGGCCGUACUGCUGGCAAGAGAUCGAUAUCGAGGGCUGGAGCCAUGGAACUGAUCCUUAUGGUAAUGCUCCUGCAAAAGUUGAUAAAAUGCUUAGAGUGUUGAUCACAAGGAGCUCUGGAUCCUUGCGGACAUUAUGUGUUUCUGGUCUCAAGCUCGAGAGCACCUUCCAGUUCAUCUUGGAACAUGUUCAUUCAUUACAGACUUUGAAGCUUCCUAGAAGUGCAAUCAGUGAUUCAUUGAUGGAAAGUAAUGCUCAGAAGCUUUCAACUCUUACUUACUUAGACCUGAGCUACUGCAGCAAAAUUGGUGCUGGUGCAAUGGAGGCCAUUGGAAAGAACUGUAAAUCCCUUGCACGUUUGAGCCGUAACAUGCAUCCAUUAGACGUGGAGGGAAAAUUAUCCCAGAAUGAUGAAGCUCAUGCCAUUGCAACCACGAUGCCGAAGCUCAAGCAUCUUGAAAUGGCUUAUCAUCUCGUUGAUACGAAGGGUGUCCUAGACAUUAUCAACAGCUGCCCUGACCUCGAAUUUUUAGACUUAAGAGGAUGUUGGGAAGUGAAGUUGGAUGAACAGUAUCUCAAGGAGACGUCGCCGAAUUUAACCGUGUUGGGGCCUCAAGUGGUUGACCACUAUGAGGAAAUCUCUUGGGAAUGUUGCUCAGACUACUCAGAUUCCUUAUACGAUUAUGAUUCAGAUAUGAUAUGGGAUGACGAAGACAGGCUUGAAAUGAGGUUCUAUGCAGGUUCUAGUGAAGAGACUGCUUAUGGGUGGCCCCCCUCUCCUUGAGCUCCAAUAAUGAUACCCUGGUUAAUUGUUUGAUUACCUUCGGUCCGCAGGUACCUGUUUGUGAAAAAAGGUGAAUACAACUGAUGGAGUGCUUCUGUUAAUUCGUAUGUUAAACUGGAAGUUAUAAACAUAAUAGUCUCGUAACAACAGGGAAGUAGUGUUGUUAACCAGUAUUCAUUCAUAAUCCCUGUGCAUAGAUUUGGUUUUGUAUGUUGAUAAUGGAUUAGUGUCAGUACUCUGUGUUUAUUGUCAACCGUUUUUUCAUUAUUUUGUGCUGAGAUUAAAAUCCCACAGAGCAGGGGGUUUGUAUGUAGUUUAUGUCAGUGUAACUGUAGAGUGCACGCAGCUCAAUACUCCAUCCUGUCCUAUUUAUAAGGUACCAAAUAGGACUAAGUUAGUUCAAAUUUGUGUCUUAUAAAUACAACCGGAUGGAGUAUUUCUGAACCGAAAUUUGCAUCUAAGAAAGAAAUGCCCAAACGAAGAAACAGAUGCAUGAUAUAAAACUAAACUCAUCAGGAUGACUUAAGGUUAUUUCUUGGUGCGAGUUAUGGUGAUUGACAAG